UCUUCAUAUAAAUUGUGACAAUUCUCCCUUAGUGAACAUUGAGUAUUUGGUAACAGCUCUAGAAACAUCGCAAAAUGAAAGUAUUCAUUGUUUUGGCUUUGGCGCUUGCCCACGGGUUUGCUUUACCCGCCGGAGAUGCCCAUUUGACCAACCUUCCCGCUGGUAUCCAAAUCGUUGACACUCCAAUUGCUAUUAGUAACUUACCUUCUGGCAUCCAAAUCGUCGGUACACCCGUUGAAAUCUCAAACCAACCCGCUGAUGUCCAAAGCGAGGAUGCUCCAGUUUUCAGCCACUUGCCUUCUCUUGAAAGCGGAAAUGUUCCAUCUUUCAGUAACCUCCCUGCUGGUAUCCCAUAUUAUGAAGAGGCUGUUGAAAGCGAAAACGCUCCAGUAUUCAGCGUGUUACCCGGCGGUAUUAUCAAAUCUGAAGUUGAGGCUCCCGUCUAUGGACACUUACCCAGUGUGGAAGCUGGUGCUAUCAUCAGCCAUCUCCCAGGAGUUCCAUCUGUUGAAAGCGACGCUCCUGUUUUUGCACACUUACCCAGUGUUGAAUCUGGUGCCAUCAUCAGCCAUCUCCCAGGUGUAGAAUCUGUUGAAAGCGACGCUCCCGUCUAUGGACACUUACCCAGUGUUGAAUCUGGUGCCAUCAUCAGCCAUCUCCCAGGAGUUCCAUCUGUUGAAAGCGACGCUCCAGUUUUCGGUCACUUACCCAGUGUUGAAUCUGGCGCCAUCAUCAGCCAUCUCCCAGGUGUAGAAUCUGGUGCUAUUAUCAGCCAUCUCCCAGGUGUAGAAUCUGGUGCCAUCAUCAGCCAUCUCCCAGGUGUAGAAUCUGGUGCCAUUAUCAGCCAUCUCCCAGGUUUAGAAUCUGGUGCCAUCAUCAGCCACCUUCCCGGUGUCCCAUCGCUCGACUCUGGCCUUUCCGUCGGCAACGAUGCCGUCAUUGGACACCUCCCAGCAACCGAACAAGCCGAAUCUACCCCAGCUUGCGUCAAAUACGUGAGACAGCUUUUGCAAGAAGUUUUGGUUAACUUGCCCGGAUCUGCCGCCGAAGAAGACCAGGAAUCUUCCAUCCUCCCCAUUGAAGAAAAAGCUCCCUCCAACGAGAGCAGCAGCCCAUCCACUGACGCCAAUGACAUUAACGCCUGCGCCCGCUGCUUCCAGAAAUUGCAGGUCCUCAUCGAACAAGCCAAUGCUAAAAGCGCUUCUUCCUCUAUCACCAUCACCAACUUCUAAGAAGGAUUUAUUAAAAAGGAUAAUGAUUAACAUACAAAUGUAUUUUUUGGCGUUUUAAUAAAUAACUCAGAAUUUUA